AUGGAGAUCCCGGUGCCUGUACAGCCGUCUUGGCUGCGUCGUGCCUCCGCUCCGCUGCCUGGGCUCUCGGCGCCCGGCCGCCUCUUCGACCAGCGCUUCGGCGAGGGACUGCUGGAGGGCGAACUGGCUUCCAUCUGCCCUGCCGCGCUCGCUCCAUACUACUUGCGCGCACCCAGCGUGGCGCUGCCCACUGCCCAGGUGCCGACUGGCCCCGGACAUUUCUCCGUGCUGCUGGACGUGAAGCACUUCUCGCCAGAAGAGAUCGCCGUCAAGGUGGUGGGCGAACACGUGGAGGUGCAUGCACGCCACGAGGAGCGCCCGGAUGAACAUGGCUACAUUGCACGAGAGUUCCAUCGCCGUUACCGCCUGCCCCCGGGUGUGGACCCCACAGCCGUGACAUCGGCACUGUCCCCUGAGGGUGUUCUGUCCAUCCAGGCCGCCCCUGCGCCCGCCCAGUCCCUGCCGCCACCACAAGCUGCAGCCAAGUAG